CUGUCUGAAUGCAUAAGGUAACUGUUAAUUUGGGUACUUUUUGUCUUUGGUUAUAUGAAGGUACGUGAAGUUUAAAGGUCUACAUGGCUGGCAAGAAAUCACUAGGCAGGCAGCCUCUGCUGCUCCUGGGGCUGCUGGUCGCUGUAGCUGCCAUCCACCUUGUUGCCUGUCCCUACACCAAGGUAGAGGAGAGCUUUAGCCUACAGGCUACCCAUGACCUGCUGUUCCACCAGCUGGAUAUAGACAAGUAUGACCACCUUGAGUUUCCUGGAGUUGUUCCCAGGACAUUCCUUGGGCCGCUGUUGAUCGCAGUGUUCUCCAGCCCUGUGGUUUAUGUGCUUUCGCUGUUGGAAGUAUCCAAGUUUUAUUCUCAGUUGACAGUCCGCGCAGUCCUUGGGCUUGGUGUGAUUUUUGGACUCUGGACGUUACAAAAAGAAGUAAGACGACAGUUCGGGCCCAAGGUGGCGGCUGUGUUCUGCUGGGUAUCAGCCACACAGUUUCAUCUCAUGUUCUACUGCACCAGGACGCUCCCCAAUGUGUUGGCCCUGGCUGUGGUUUUACCAGCCCUCACAGCCUGGCUGCAGCAUAGGUGGACCCGCUUUGUCUGGCUCUCGGCCUUUGUCGUUAUUGGCUUCAGGGCUGAGCUGUGCAUGCUGCUGGGCCUGAUGCUGCUGCUGACCUUGUACGAAAGAAGAAUGUCUGUGGCCAGACUGCUCCGGCAUGCCGUCCCAGCAGGGGCUCUCUGUCUAGGGCUGACGGUUGCUGUGGACUCCUAUUUCUGGCAGUACUGUGUAUGGCCAGAAGGAACAGUGCUUUGGUAUAACACUGUCCUGAACAAAAGUUCCAACUGGGGCACCUCCCCACUCCUGUGGUAUUUCUACUCUGCCCUGCCCCGAGGCCUGGGCUGCAGCCUUCUUUUCAUACCCCUGGGUGCAGUGGACAGGAGGACCCAUGCGCUGGCCCUGCCAAGCCUCGGAUUCGUGGCUCUGUACUCGCUCCUCCCGCACAAGGAACUGCGCUUCAUCAUCUAUACCUUCCCCGCGUUCAACAUCAUGGCUGCUAGAGGCUGCACCUACGUCCUGAAUAACUAUAAAAAGUCAUGGCUGUACAAAGUGGGAACUCUGCUCGUGAUUGGACACAUCAUGGCAAAUGCAGCAUACACAGCCACAUCCCUCUAUGUGUCCCAUUUCAACUAUCCUGGUGGUGUUGCGAUGCAGCGGCUGCAUGAGCUGGUGCCACCCCAGACAGAUGUCCUUCUGCACAUUGAUGUGGCUGCUGCCCAGACAGGCGUGUCGCGGUUUCUACAGGUCAACGAUGACUGGAGGUAUGACAAGAGGGAGGAUGUCCAGCCAGGAGCAGUGGGCAUGCAGGACUACACACACAUCCUCAUGGAAGCGGUGCCUGGGCACCUGGCCCUCUACAAGGACACGCACCGUGCCCUGGCUAGUAUUGAGGGCACGGCAGGAGUGAGCCUGAAUCUCACAAAACUGCCGCCCUUCGACGUCAACCUUCAUACAAAGCUGGUGCUCCUGGAACGGCUGCUUAGGCCAGCCUAAGAGGACGAGAGCUCUCCAGGAGCAGCAAGUGUGCUCACCUUCUGACUCAGCGAAGACAAUUCAGGAAAACAGCAAAGGACCAAGGACUCCACCAUGUCCCUGAAGUCAGCCUGCAGCAGGCUGGGCCCUGCCG